AUGAAGAAAAUCAGUCAAAUAAUGUUAAUAAAUAAAAAUAAUAAGACGCUCCGUAAAAUACUACACGAGCGCUACAUCACCAACUCUUUGCAGAAUCGAAUCGUGGAGCAGACGUUGAGCGCGUCCGCAAAAACUUUGCUAAUCUUUAAAAAAAGAACCCAGUUUCUGAACUCUCUUUCUCUACCGCUACCCAUUUGGUGUUUAUUCUCUUGUUUAAAUAAUAUUUUAGGUACUAGUCCUAAAUCACCCCGCCACUUUUCCUUUUCUACCCCUCAUUCAAAAUUAACUCACACGUGA